ACCGCUGAAGUGCAAACACCUCUGAACCCAAUAAGGCACCAUGACUAUAGCGAUCGCAGACAUUUUCCCUCCCCCGUUUUCCUGCGUGUCAGCAACGUCCAGGCCGCGGGCAAAGCAGGACUUGGAGGCGUGGACUUAAUUUAAAAAAAAAAAAAAUUAACCGCCGAGGCUUUUGACAAUUCAAACGGCUGCGCUUGUGCUUGGCGGACGUAGGCGAUGCAUGAGCUUAUCGAAGUGGGAUAAUGCCAGGGAGUCUCCCUGAAGGAUCGGAGGUGUUUUGGUGUAUUCCACCUUCCCUGAGCCAACAUAAAAGUUCAGCAAGUCUUCAAUAAAAAUGGCCACCAAUAAAUCUACAUUGCAUAAAAUGGGAAAGAAACAGAAUGGCAAAGGUAAAAAAGUUGAAGAAGCAGAACCUGAAGAAUUUGUUGUGGAAAAAGUCCUGGAUCGACGUGUAGUUAACGGCAAGGUGGAGUACUUCUUAAAGUGGAAGGGAUUUACUGAUGCUGAUAACACAUGGGAGCCUGAAGAAAAUUUGGAUUGUCCAGAGUUAAUAGAAGCUUUUCUGAAUUCUCAGAAAGCUGGUAAAGAAAAAACAGAAGGUACCAAAAGAAAAUCCCUUUCAGAUAGUGAAUCUGAGGACAGCAAAUCAAAGAAAAAGAGGGAUUCUGUUGAUAAACCCAGGGGGUUUGCACGAGGUCUUGAUCCUGAACGAAUAAUUGGAGCCACAGAUAGCAGUGGAGAACUUAUGUUCCUUAUGAAAUGGAAAGACUCAGAUGAAGCUGACCUGGUAUUAGCUAAGGAAGCUAAUGUGAAAUGUCCUCAGAUUGUAAUUGCUUUUUAUGAAGAACGAUUAACUUGGCAUUCUUGCCCAGAGGAUGAAGCACAAUAAUUGUUUGGAUUUUCUCCUUCCCUUCCCCUUUUUUCUUAAUUAUAUGUACGAAAUUUCACUUGAUACAUGUGGAACACCUUUAAGUCCUAUUGGUUACUUCAAAAGUAAUAUGUUUUGCAUAAGGAAGAAAGCAAACGUGGUAUUCACAAGAAGCCCAUACUGCUUUCUGCAUAUUAAAUCAAAUGUUUUAUAAAAAUUUGUUAGUUAAUAGUGGUCCUUAAUGGCAACUUAAAGUGUUUUGUAAUUCUCUAUACAACAAAUGUGCAUGAUUUUUCCCCGCCAUAUAGUCUGUAAACCAUUAUAUUUAGUAUUUGUGGCAAAUUGGUUCAAAGGGGACCAAGUGAAAAUUUCGUUUUAAUCUGAAGUGCAUAUUGUAUUGUAUUUCAUUGUAUAUACUGCUGAACAGCUACCAAUAAAAUAGUUUCAUAUUCUUGUGCUCUCUUUACCAAAUUGCAGGAAGCUAAGAGGUUUUAAAAGCUGUUUUGGUAUGGAAAAUAUCCACUAAAGGAUAGACAGUUUUGCUUUUUUGCAAAACACAAAACAAAAAAAUAGGCAGUUAACAUGAAAGUUAUAGUUUUCUCCCAUAGAUGUUGUUUCUCAUAAGUUGUUUCCUAGAAUUGGCAAAAUAAGAACAUAAACUUCUGUGGUGCAUUGAAUAUUUAAUUUUUUAAGAUUAGUAUGCAGAUUUGGUUAUCACAUUUAUAGUACUCAGAACAUAUGGUUGAGUAAUCAAAUCCUGACAUAAUCUCUUAAACUGUAUAUCUGAUGUUUUAAAAGUUAAUAAUUUAUUGAUGUUUUAGGCUUGACUUCUUUAGGAACUAUUAUCCCUAAUCCUAAUAUACUUCCAAAUAAAAUUAUUUUAAUUGAUUGCCUGAUAGAUUUAUGUAGAUAGCAAAAUUGAGGCAUGGAACUGCAGAAAAGAGGAUUCUGUUGGAAUAUAGAGCAUAUAUAUAUCAAUCAAUCAAUCACAUGGUCAGUUGUUAAAUUACAAUUAGAUCAUCCAAAUAGGGUUACUAUAUGUGUGAUUAAUUUUUAAAUACAAGUGCAUGCAACUAGCGUUAUUCAUUUGGCUUUGAUUAUAUUCUGUUUGGGUAAGCAAUAAGGAAUCUUGUCAUGUAGAAUGCAGUUGUCAGAUUAUUUGGUUUCUAAUAUAGUUCAGUGAUUCCAUGUACAUAGAUUAAUAGAAUAGAUUAUUGAAGUUCACCAUAAUAAGUUUUUAUUUUAAAAAAGCGUAAUAAUUACAAUUCAUCUCAUUUCUGAGAAUUACUGUAAAAAUAAAUAUGAUGCCACACUGAAAAAAAUUUAGAGUUCUAAACAUAAAGUCAGUUCACUGCUUUUCAAUAAACCUAUUUCCUGAUAUCUGUUGAGGUUCCCUUCAAUUUUUUUUGUGUUUUUCUGAUUUCUUCCAUUUUGUUUAGUACUUGUAUUUCUGCUUAUGUUUUUGUCAAAAAUUUUAUUAAAGGGUUUGUUUAUAUAGUAACCUCCAUAA